CUCAAUAUCAACAAGUAAUAAUUAUGAAGCUUUACCUUGUACUAUUUCUUGCACUCAUCUCUGCAGUAGUUGUGAGCAGUACCGGUUCGUCAUCACAUUCAGAUUCAUCACGUUCAAUUGCUCGUUGCCCUAAACCUGUAAUACAAUAUGGAUUUAUUCGUAAAGGACGUAGGAAUGUCUACACUUCUGGUAAAAAAGUCAUCAUUGCCUGCAGAAGUGGAUAUCAACUGAUUGGACAGAGUAAAGUUAGGUGCUUGAGGAGUGGCCAUUGGCGUCCUAGACUACCUUACUGCAAGAAAGUUGGUUGUUCAAAAUUACCAGCUCCUUCUUAUGGAAGAGUUUGGAUUAAAGGACUUGUUGCAACUUUUAGAUGCAACAAGGGAUUUAUAUUGAAGGGAAGCUCAAAGAGAGUAUGCAAGUCAGGCAGUUGGACUGGGAGUCCAACAAGAUGUGUACCAAAAGUAACAUUACCACCUCCUCCAAGCUGUCCAAAACUAGCUGCUCCUUCCAAUGGAAAGAUUACAUUGAGGAAUAGCGGAACAAAAGCAGUGUACACCUGCAAUAGUGGAUUCAAACUGAGAGGAAAUUCAAAAAGAUUCUGUAAAUCAAACAAAUGGACUGGAAGCCAACCAACCUGUGUACCAAAAGUAACAGCUCCACCACCUCUUAUGUGUCCAAGAUUAGCUGCCCCUGCUAAUGGACAGAUUGUGCUCAGCAGUGGAGGAUUAAAGGCAGUAUACAAGUGUAACAAUGGAUUCAUCUUGAAAGGAUCUUCAACACGUCAUUGCACACGUCAAGGAUGGACUGGAUCAGCACCAACCUGUGAAAGGCCUGUAAAAUGUCCUAGACUAGCUGAUCCUGAGAAUGGUGAUGUUAAGUUCCAACAGUCAGUGGGAUCCACUGCUAUGUAUACUUGCAAUAGAGGUUUUAGACUAAUUGGAAGUGACAGGAGAACAUGUCAACAAAAUGGAGUAUGGAGUGGACAGCAACCAAAAUGCAAAUCUAUAUUUUGCCCAAAGUUAUUUGCUCCAAGAUAUGGGAGUGUCCAACAGACUGGUAAUACAUAUGGAGCUAGAGCUGUCUAUCAGUGCAAUGAUGGUUUUCAACUGGACGGUAAUACAGACAGGAACUGUCUAUUGAGUGGACAAUGGUCAGGCAGUACACCUACAUGCAAAGCUCUUCCAACUCGUCCUCCUCCCAAGGUCUGUAAGCAUCCUUACGCUCCCAAGUUUGGUUUUGUGUCUGUGAUUGGAUCCGUUGCUCAUUACAGCUGCUCUCAAGGCUACAAGCUGAUUGGUUACAAGUCAAUCCCCUGUGUUGGUGGUGUGUGGCAGUAUCGGCCUCCAUAUUGCUCCCCUCAAUAUCAAUAUCAUUACUGAACUUAUGAUAAUUAUUGUAUUUUUGCUGCUAUAAUUUAUUUUUGCUGUGUAUCUAUAUUAAAUAUUGAUCAAUGAUAGUUUUCAAACAAUAAA